AUGGGACAGAACAAGCUCACUGGCGAGGCCGUCGCCCAACACAACUCCAAGGACUCGUGCUGGGUCAUUGUCCACGGCAAGGCCUAUGACGUUACGGAAUUUCUGCCAGAACAUCCUGGUGGCCAGAAAAUCAUCCUCAAGUACGCGGGCAAAGAUGCGACCGAAGAAUUCGACCCGAUCCACCCUCCCGACACACUAGACAAGUACCUACAUGCUUCGAAACACCUGGGUGAGGUCGAUAUGGAGACUGUCGAGCAGGAGGAGAAGGUCAUCGAGCCUGGAGAGCUGGAGCGACAGGAACGCAUCAAGCAGAUGCCUCCGUUGGCGGCGUGCUAUAACCUGAUGGACUUUGAGUCUGUCGCACGGAAUGUGAUGAAGAACACUGCUUGGGCAUACUACUCCAGUGGUGCGGACGACGAGAUUACCAUGCGUGAAAACCACUCUGCCUUCCACAAGAUCUGGUUCCGACCUCGAGUGCUCGUCGAUGUGGAGAACGUCGACUUCUCAACCACCAUGCUCGGCACCAAGGUCGACGCUCCUUUUUACGUGACUGCCACUGCGCUGGGCAAACUGGGCAACCCCGAGGGUGAGGUCGUGCUCACUCGUGCCGCCCACAGCCACAACGUGGUCCAGAUGAUCCCCACCCUCGCCUCGUGCUCGUUUGACGAGAUCGUCGACGCCCGCCAGGGCGACCAAGUCCAGUGGCUCCAGCUCUAUGUCAACAAAGACCGCAACAUCACCAAGGGCAUCAUCCAGCACGCCGAGAAGCGCGGCUGCAAGGGCCUCUUCAUCACCGUCGAUGCGCCCCAACUCGGCCGUCGCGAAAAGGACAUGCGCUCCAAGUUCUCAGACGUCGGCUCCAGCGUGCAAGCCUCGGACGGUGAUUCCGUCGAUCGCUCGCAGGGCGCCGCCCGCGCCAUCUCCUCCUUCAUCGACCCCUCCCUCUCCUGGAAGGACAUUCCCUGGUUCCAAUCCGUCACCAAAAUGCCCAUCAUCCUCAAGGGCGUGCAGUGCGUCGAGGACGUCCUCCGCGCCGUAGAAAUCGGCGUCGACGGCGUCGUCCUCUCCAACCACGGCGGUCGCCAACUCGAAACCUCCCGCUCCGGCAUCGAAGUUUUGGCCGAGGUUAUGCCUGCCCUCCGCGAACGCGGCUGGGAGAACAAACUCGAGAUCUUCGUCGACGGCGGCAUCCGUCGCGCCACGGAUAUGCUCAAGGCUCUCUGCCUCGGCGCCAAGGGCGUGGGUAUCGGUCGGCCUUUCCUGUACGCCAUGUCCGCGUACGGCCAGCCGGGCGUCGACCGCGCCAUGCAGCUCCUCAAGGACGAGAUGGAAAUGAACAUGCGCUUGAUUGGCGCCACCAAGAUAUCCGACCUCAACCCCACCCUGCUUGAUACUCGGGGUUUGAUGAAUGGUCAUGGUGCACCGGUGCCCUUGGACACGUUGGCCCUUAACGCUUAUGAUCCUCUGCAAGCGCCUCGAUUUAGCGAAAAGGCCAAGUUGUAA